AUGAGCCUGAGGGUCGGCUCAGUAUCCCUCUCGCCCACCCACUCCGUCUCCAAAACACCCGUAACCUCCAUAACCCUCGUGCAAAACUACGGCGUAAGCGGUGACUCCCACGCCGGCGCCACAAUCCAACACCUGUACCGACAACGCAUCAACCUGUGAGCACCGAAUCUGUGCCAGGCGCACUUUAUAUCUUAGGAAUUCCUCUCGGCGCUCAGUCUCGACGGUCAGAACGUCGUCAAUCCCGGGGACGAAGUGGGAGAACGUAACGACCUCCGGCACCGGCAUUUUCGGAUUGGGCAGGGGUGAUCGAUCGAGAUUUGUUAGGGAUGGGGUGGAGGAGGAGGAGCGGAGCGGGAGGAGGAGGAGGGGGCGAUGA